AUGUCACAAGUGACAGAUCUCACUGAAGUUAGCAUAAAGACCCUCUGCUCUAAUGAAGGAGCUCUGGAUUACGGUACACUCCAUUCAUUACUCAGCACAGAUUUCAAAGUAUCUGAAACAGAGCUGAGUCGGGUCUUGGGGAAUACUGAGGCCUUUGUUGUGCUGAACAGAGCCAAGUCAGUGGGAUCAAACCUAGCUCAAGGUAAUCUAAUCAUCGCCCUCACCUCGGUUAGGCUGUGCAGGACCUAUUCCAAGACCAGCUGCAAUAAUUGUGGAUUUCUGCACCUCUGCCGCCGCUUUGUCUAUGAUGACUGCAAACCAACUGAUCCCAAAAAACGCUGCACGCAAUCUCAUGACAUCCAUUCCCCCCACAACUCUGCCAUCUUGACUGCUAAUGGGCUAGGCAGCUUGAACACAGAGGAACUACGCCAGCUAUUGCUACAAAAUGAUCCCAUCCUGCUGCCUGAGGUUUGUUCAUUUUACAACAAAGGAAGUGGUCGCGAUGGAGCCUGUAGCUUCAAGCAAUCCUGCAAAAAUAUUCAUAUCUGCCUUCCAUUCAUUCUGGGAACCUGCUCUCUUGGUAACCAGUGUAUGCGAUUACACAGCUUCCUGGAGAGCCGGGCUCUCUUUGAGAGCUGCCGACUAAACAUAGAGUUGGUGUGUGAUUUACCAUCAAUAUACUUAAACAUCUGUCAGAUUAAAAUAUGGAAAUCUGCCAGUGUCAAAGAGAAGCGAAGCCCACGCCGCAAGACUUCCAGUGAUUGCAAGAGUGAUGUGGACAGUGAGAAUAUUUGCUUGUUCUUUCUCAGGAAGCAUUGUUCCUAUAAAGAUCAGUGUAAACUGGUACAUUUCAAGCUCCCCUACAGAUGGCAAAUUUAUGAAGGAACCUGGAAGGAUUUCACAAACAUGGAGGAGAUAGAAAAGGACUUCUGUGAUCCGUCAAACAAAGCCAGAGGUGGAUCCCCACCUAUUAAUUUCAUAACAAUGACCAGCAACUCCUGCAAAGUGAGACGUCUCUCCACAGUCUCCUCUGUCACCAAACCUGAGCAUUACAUCCUUACCACAGAGUGGCUCUGGUACUGGCAGGGCGAUUCUAUAAAAUGGAUUGAAUUUGGAAAGCAGGAAGAGCUGUACGGAGUUGCCUCUGUCACCUCUGCAGACUUGGAGAAUUUGUAUUUGACUCAGAGCAUAGAAACAGUGGAAUUCAGAGCUGGAAAAUACAACUACAAGUUGGACUUUAAAGGAAUGUUGCAAAUAAAUCUGCUUCUUGGAACAUGCAGAGGUGUCCGAAGGCGACCAAGGUUUAUUUCAGAACAACAAAUGACAAGAGAGAUGUACAGCAAAGAGCAGCCUGGACAAGGCAAGGACUAUCCCCCUGUAGGCAAGACAGCCCCAACACAUUGGGAUCUGAAAAAUCAGCCUGACAUCGGAUAUAAGCUCGUUCAGCUCCAGGUGCCUUCUGAGGACUACAAGCAAGUGGAGUCUCUCUUCCAGAAGACUAUGAGUAACAGUACCAUCCGGAAAAUUGAAAGAGUCCAAAACUUGCCUCUAUGGCAAGUUUAUCAAUGGCAGAAAGAGCAGAUGAAGAAGAAGAGUGGGAAAGAGGUGGCUGAGCAACUGCUAUUCCAUGGCUCCAAGAGCUCACUUCCCACUGUGGUCUGCCAGCAGAAUUUUGACUGGAUCUGUGGAAUGCAUGGAAACGGAUUUGGAAAAGGAAACUACUUUGCCACCAAUGCAUCCUACGCUGAUGGUAAUUCCCCGUCACCGUUAUCCUCAAGAACCAUGUAUCUUGUAAAGGUUUUGGUUGGAGAGUUUACCAAGGGAAAGGAGGCUGACUGCCGGCCUCCUUCAAAAGAUAACACGCUAACCAACUUGUACGACAGUUGCACUGACAAUGUUGCUGACCCAUCUCUCUUUGUCAUAUUUGACAAACACCAGAUCUACCCUGAGUAUGUGAUAGAAUAUGUCAAAAAAGUUGGCUUCUUUCAGUGGAUCUUUGAAAAGAUGUCUGGACAGUCUGCAGCUACCAAGUGAAAUGAGCCAAGUCUCGCCGUUUUUUGUUGAUGCUACAAACUUGUUCUAUGAGUAUUGCUGGGCAAGAGCUGCCUGUCAUCAUCAAACUACCCUACCCCGAGAGAGUAGCUUCAACAUCUGUCAACCAGGCCAACCGGCUAUUAGAUUAUGGUUUGCAGAAAUACAUAAUUAUUUGAAAGUGGACAAUAGGUGAGCGUUUUGGAGUCGCUCUUCAUCACACUCCCAGAAUGUUAACCUACCUUUCUGGUUCAGAUGCUGCUUUAUCUGUUCUGAAUUUCCAGCAUAUCCAACUUGUAUUUCAGAUUUCCAGCAUUUGCAUUUUUUUUCAUCUCA